GUGUUCUCCACAAUCCUUUGCGGUGGUUCAAGAUGGCGGCGCCCAGUGGCACUAUGAGCGAUUCGGAAAGCAGCAGCAGCAGUAGCGAUGCGGAGGAGCUGGAGCGGUGCCGCGAGGCGGCAAUGCCGGCCUGGGGUUUGGAGCAACGCCCGCACGGGGCAGUAAAGCCAAGAGCCGGUGCUGCAAAUAACCAGUUGUCAACCUCCCAACCGAGCCUCAGGCAUAAGGUGGAUGAGCAUGAACAAGAUGGCAACGAGCUUCAGACCACCCCUGAAUUCCGAGCCCACGUAGCCAAGAAGCUGGGAGCCCUGCUGGACAGCUUCAUUACCAUCUCAGAAGCAGCAAAGGAGCCAACAAAAGCUAAGGUACAGAAAGUUGCUUCAGAGGAUGAUGGUUUCCGCCUUUUCUUCACGUCUGUCCCUGGAGGCUGUGAGAAGGAAGAGUCUCCCCAACCCCGCCGAAAGCGACAGCCCUCCAGCUCCAGUGAGGAUAGUGAUGAGGAGUGGCGGCGGUGCCGGGAGGCAGCUGUGUCGGCGUCCGAUAUCCUGCAGGAGUCAGCCAUCCACAGCCCUGGCACGGUGGAGAAGGAGGUAAAGAAGAAAAGGAAGCUGAAAAAGAAAGCCAAGAAGGUGACCAGCGUCGACUCGGCUGUAGCCACCACCACCCCCACCCCCACCAGCACAGCCACAGUCCAGAAGCAGAAGUCAGGUGAGCUCAGCGGGGACCAGGUGUCGCUUGGGACUCAAAAGAAGAAAAAGAAGAAAAAGGCAAAGAAGGCCAGCGAGGCCUUUCCAUUCCCACCAGCAAAGAGUGCCACAGCUGUGCCUGCAAAUUGAACCCAGCCAUGGGCACAGGGCUCAGCUGGCUCCAAGGACAAGGUGCCCCCCUGGGGACAAGGCAUUUCCAGGCCCCACCUCCCUCUCCAAGUUCCAGGACUGGGCUGGCAAAUCCAGACUGCCCAUGAGACCCUGAUGGUGAUGAGGGCUUGCCUGAGAGUUGAGCCAAAAAAGUGGCUGUAGGGUGAGAAGCCCAAGCAAGGCCUGCCCCUCUGUGCUCCCAUGGAGGGCUGGGGGCAGGGGUCGGGGGGAGGCCUGUGGUUCCAGGACAUUCCAUGGCCUCAGGAAAAAAGGAGCCUUCCAGUUAUUUGAGACUAGUGGCCAAGUGGUAAAACCUCCACCUCCCUAGAACUGUCUGAGGUGGGCAGGGGAAGGGAGACCUUCCCUACCACCUCUUUAGCCUGGUAUGAGAAACAGUUUUUAGAAAAUGAGAGAAGGGAUCCCCAAGAGGCCAAGGCCCAGAGAAAGUUUGGUUCUUCUCUCCUUGGCCCCAUAGACUUCACAGAAUUGUCUGAAAAAGGAGAGCUUUUUCACCCCUGGCUUUCUAGAAUUUUCUUUGUCUGCAUUUGUGAAUAUACCACACAUGAUGGUGUCUCUGAGCCGACCAGAUUAUGGAAACUCAAUUGUCAGAGGACCCAAAACAAAACUUAGAGUGAUUUGGGUAUUGCCUGUCAAUGCUGAACCUUGAGACGUUUUAAAUACAACACAAAUCUCUACACUCCCAGGAUUUGUGCAUUCACCCCACCCAAGACUUCAGGAAGUGUCAUAGCACUCGUGGACUAGGUUUCAUGUGACAAAGGCAUUCUGCAAGAAGUAGAAGCUUGUGACCGGGUGCAGUGGCUCACGCCUAUAAUCCCAGCACUUUGGGAGGCCAAGAAGGGUGGAUCAUUUGAGGCCAGGAGUUUGAGACCAGCCUGGCCAACAUGGUGAGACCCCGUCUCUACUAAAAAUACAAAAUUUAGCUGAGCAUGUUGGCACAUGCCCGUAAUCCCAGCUACUCAGGAGGCUGAAGCGGGAGAAUCACUUGAACCCAGGAGGUAGAGGUUGCAGUGAGCCGAGAUUGCGCCACUGCACUCCAGCCUAGGCAACAGAGUGAGACUCUAUCUCAACAACAACAAAAAAAAGUAGAAGCUCGUGGCCAGGCACGGUGGCUCAUACCUGUAAUCCCAGCACUUUGGGAGGCCAAGGCAGGUGGAUCACUUGAGCCGAGUUCCAGACCAGCCUGGGCAACAUGGUGAAACCUCAUCUCUAUAAAAAAAAAAAAAAAUACAAAAAUUAGUUGGGCAUGGUAGUGAGCACCUGUGGUCCCAGCUGCUUGUGAGGCUGAGGUAGGAGGAUCUCUUGAGCCCAGGAGGUCAAGGCUGCAGUGAGCCGUAUAAUGCCACCGCAGUCCAGCCUGGGUGACAGUAAGAGCCUGUCUCCAAAACGAAAUUGUGUUUUAAAGUAGAAGCUUGAGGUUAAGAUGAAAUCUGGCUUCGUCGUUCGAGUCUCAGCAGAGCCAGAAAAGCAGAGACGUGGGGUGUGAGAGCGUGGGUGCGGGAGCCCGUCUCUUCUUCGCAGACCCCGGGCCUGCCCCAGCCUCCCUCUACCUGCCCAAACCCCAUCUGAAUGAUUUGUGGACAAGCAAGAAAUUACCACCGCAUUUCUCCUUGGCUUUACUAAAAGUUAAAUAAACGUGCCGCUCGCCCAAGCUGGCUACAAGCUGCAGGGGGUGCUGGGUCACCCCAGGCCUUUUCCUGAAUCCCAGGGUGGAUGCGGUGCAUUGAGGGCCAGGUUCUCAGCAGCAGGCCCAGGGAUGUGGGACCAUGCUUGCCCUGGGUUCACAGGCUCCUUUGUCCCUCCUGGCAGUGCUCAGGACCUUGGACUCCUCAGGGUGGCUUCGAACUGCCCUCAGCCAGCCAGACCCCCAGGAUUAGUCCUGUCCACAGAGGUAGCUCCUGUGCCCUGGGGUCACCUCUUUCUUCUGGGCACCUCAGCUUGGCCAGCCACUUGGGCCUUGCUCAGCUGCUCAGGCCUUGCUGCCUUCUGAGCUCAGCUACUCGUGCCCCAAAUAAGGGCAGGGUCUGCAGGGCCCUCGAGACAGGAGCUGCCCCACCAGGACCUAGACUUGGCAUGGGUUGCGAGGCUCCCACAGGAAUAAGGACAACUUCCCAACCCUGAAGCAGCCUUCCCAGUAGAGGCAGGAGGCCAGGCUGGCCUCAGAGGCGUGAUGCUCUUGGGAACAAAUACCCAGGAAAGCUGGAGGUCAUGGGGCCUGGGAGAUGGAAUCGCUGGGGACAGGGGAAGCCGGGAGAGCUCUGUCUGCCUUCCCUGUUAGCUUCGGCCUCCCUGGGCUCGGGCAUUGGAGCCCCAAGCUCUGGCCCAGAGUAGCCCCCCAGGAAAUGCCUGUGUGAGUAGGUGAUCGGGUCAGUACAAGUGGCAUGUGGGUCACUAGCUGGAAGGAGUUGGGGCAGGAUGGAGUGGCCCAGUGGGUGCAUUGGUGACCGAACAAGGCCACGCUGAUCCAGGGCCUCUCGGAGCUCAGCAGGUCACCGCUACACAGGCUUGUUUCCUGAGAAGUGUGGCUGCCAGAGUGAUGUAGCGGUCCCGGGGCUCUCCACAGGCCCAGGUUGGGGGUGCCCAAGUCAUAGGCCGCCCCCUUCUGUUCCAAGUAAGCAGAUUGUGUCCCACACAGCAGGGACAGUCCCUCCUACAUCUGCCAGGAACAGGCUUUGCUUCUAGCUCUCCAUGGCCCCUCUUGUGCAACCCAAGCAGCCCUCCAUGGGUUGAGGCGCCUCGGAGCCCUCUGUUUCUGAUGCAUCAGCAGAGUGGGGAGCAAGGCACAGCUGUCCAGGAAGGGCCACAGGAGCUCAGCAGGCUCAGGUCCUUCAGGCAGGGCUGGCUGCUGCCCUCAUCACCCCCCAAGCAGGCAGUACAGGCCCCAGGGCCCAGGUGCCGAGGUUACUGGGAGGAAGAGGCCAUCUGCGUGGAGAUGAAGGUCUCAAUGACGCUGUGGUUGGACGGCAGCAGGUGGCUGUGGCCGUUGCUGGAGUCUGAGCUCUGGUACAGCACCAGGCUGCUGGAGGACACUGCGGAGGCAAACGAGGCUGCUGACCACCCGCCAGGCACCCACACCCACCCCCCUGCCCGUCCCGAGGGGUACUCAGGAUGAGGAGGCAGAGCCACGCCUCCCGGAUCACAGCAGACAACAGGAACCCCAAAGUCACACUUCUACCCUCGGUUCUUAACAAGGGGAGCCUGCCAGCCGGGGUCCAGGGCCGCCCAGGGAGUGGCCUCAGUACCUCUUAGUGGGAACGCUGGAGAAGCCCCGGUGAGAUGCCGGGGUAGGUAGUUGUACAUGUUGGCUUGGCUAGGCUGAGCCAAACGCUAAUCUAGGCGCUGCUGUGAAUGCAGGUGCUUUGUAGAUGUGGUGAAUGCCACAAUCAGUUGACUUUGAGUCAAGGAGGUUACUCUGAAAAUAUGGGUGGGCCUCCUCCAUCCGUGGAAGGCCGUAAGAGCAAAACUCGGUUUCCCAGAGAAGAAGGAAUUCUGCCUCAAGGCUGCAGAAUUCACUCCCUGGAGUUGCCAGCAACAGAUUUCAGGCCCGCCAGCCCCUGCAGACACGAGCCAAGUCCUUCAGGUAAAUGCACUGGUUCUGUGUUCCUGGAGA